CCAUGGUGAGAUCAUGGGGCUUGGUGGGCUGGGCCCUCUUCUUCCUGGGAUGAGCAGCAGGCACUUGGCUGCCUCCUCUCCCUUUCUUCCACCUUAAUACAGAUGUGCCACAGCACCUAGAGUAAGCUGCCAGAGCCACUACAAGGGAAGCGCCAGACACUUACUGACCAAGAACAGCCUGAAGUCAACUUCAAAGACAUCACUUGCAUCCAGGAUGACUGGGAUGUGGAAGUGUUUGUUUCAAAGACCUGGAUGGGCCGGUUCCUCCAUCACCCAGCUUUCAGGUUGCUGCUGGCUGUUGCCGUUGUAUUCAAUGCCAUCACCAUUGGCUUGCAGACGGAUCCAACGAUACAAGAGGCCAAUUUUACAUGGUUCGCUGUUGUCGAUACGAUUGUCCUGAGUUUCCUUCUCUGCGAGGUAUUGCUCAACUGGUACCAUGGAUUCGGGUUGUACUGGAAGGAUGGCUGGAACUUCUUCAACUUUUUAAUUGUGUUGCUUCUGUACAUGGCCACAUACAUUCAAGUGUUGACUAACAGGACCUUUGUCAACAUGCUCAGAGUCAUGAGGCUGCUGCAGGUGUGCACCUUGUUUAGCAGCCUGACCAGGAUGAUCCAGGUGAUCCUGCAGUCCAUCCCUGACAUGGCUACCAUCAUGAUCCUGCUCUUCUCCGGCAUGUUGAUUUUCUCUGUCUUUGGUGUGACCCUCUUUGGAAAUAUGAUCCCAGACCAUUUUGGCAACCUGGGGACUGCAUUGUACUCUCUUUUCAUCUGCAUAACCCAGGAUGGGUGGCUCAACAUAUAUGAGGACUUCUUAGAUGAAGAGUUGGGCCUGCAGAUUGUCGGGGCCAUUUACUUCUUCAUCUUCAUCACUGGCGCGGCCUUUAUCUGUGCCAAUCUGCUCGUGGCCGUCGUGACAACAAAGCUGGAGCAAUGCCUGACAGAAUACAACGAGAAGCAGCUGCAGCUGCUAUCUCAGGACCAUUCUGACAAGACCUAUGCCGACAUCGAUGAUAUCCAAGACGAUGAUGCCGCCAUGGCUCAGUCACCGAUGCAUGUCCGAGAGGUCAUGGAAGCGACACCCAUGGUCCACCGUCAGGAGCUGCUGAGCUUGGGUAAUUUUGGCAACCUGAACUCUGCUACGUUGGAAGAUCUCUGUGUCGUCCUCGAAGCAAUCCAGGAGAACCUAAAGGAAUACCGGGCAAUACGGGAUGAGCUCAAUCAAAUAGUCCAGGAGGUGAGGAGCAUCAAAUUCAACAGAGAACAGGAGCAAGAGGUCGUUCUGCGAAACAUCCGUGCGUCCAACCUGUCAGACCCCUUGCUUGGAGACGUCCUAACCACACUGACCAGCCUGGAGAAGGCAAAUAUUAUUGAAUCGGAUUUCCAAAAGGGAGUGAUGAAAACGGCAGCCUUGAGAGCCCGGCGGCAGUCCUUGACAAUGACUGGAGAAUCUUCAGAUGAGGCCUAUCAGGAGAGCACGGUGCAAGCAGGGCCUUCAGGACAACUCCAGAAGCAUCGCGUGAGCUUGGACAAACAACAGACGCAGGGAUCUCAGAAGAGAGAGGAGGCUUCUGGAUCUAAAAGCUUGGUACCAUGAAGAUAAUACACCAUGAAAAGAAUUAUUUUUAAACAAAAUCUCUUUAAUCUGCAACUCUCACGAGGUGUCUUGCAUUCUCACAUUCUUAUAAUGAUCACUUUGGUUUGCAGUGUGCAUUUUAAAAGAUUGUUUUACGGGGAAGGUGGAAGCCCACAUGUCUCACUAAAAGAUUUUU